AUGAACUCCGUUAGUCCUCCUAACGAUUUGGGAAAAACAACCAAAUCGGGUUUAGAAUUGGAGCCUAACCCGUUUGAGCAAUCGUUCGCCAGCAAGCCUUCUAGCGAUACAAAAGAUAAGAAGAUCGCUCUCAAUCCUAAGCAGCAACCUAACCUUACCACAGAAGGUGCUUCUCCCACUGUACUAACGCCCGGCGGGUCCAAGAAGAACAUUCUGCCACCGCUAACUGGCCUCUCCCCUGGUGGUUCGGGUCUUUCGAUAACUCCUGGUGCUAUGUGGAACGUAAAUUACAAUUCGAACACAUUCCCAGGACUCACCAACCACCAUAGCUCGCAAAGCCUUAUGCAACAGUUUGUCCUGAACGCUCGAAGGUCGGGACUAACGCCUAACGAAUCUUAUCUUCGAACAGGGCUAACUCCGAUUCCCCAAGUCCCGGUUUCUCAAGUCCCAGUCCAUCAAGUACCGGUUAUGCAAGGCCAGGUUCUUCAGGGUCCUCUUCCACAAGCUCCCCCUCCCCCACAGGGUGUCGGUUCACAGGUGCCGCCGAACGUCAACAAUCCGUAUCCAGUUCCUCCGGCGCUUAUCUCUAACUUAUCGUCGCUGUUGGCAUUUCCAAGCGCAGCUGAACCUCCACAGAGCUUGAAGAAGGAAGAGACACAACUUCCCACGCCAGUAACAUCAUUAAAUAGCACAGACUGCGACAGUGCCAAGGACUUGAAGGUUAAAAAAGAGGGUUCGAAAUCUAAGAAGAGAACCGCGUCGGUUGCAACAACAGAUGAGAAGUCAGCUGAGCCUGACUCAAAGAAGACGCCUGCUGACGAAGAGGGAAAGCGGAAGAGUUUCCUGGAACGGAAUAGGGUGGCUGCAUCGAAAUGCCGGCAAAGAAAGAAACAAAAAGUGCAACGUAUGGAAGAGGAACUAAAUUUCUACUCACAAAACUACAAUGCUCUUAAUUUCCAAGUAAACAUGCUCCGAGAACAGGUUCUAACCCUCAGAACCAUAUUGUAUUCACAUCACAAUUGCCCGACUUUGAUAGAUCAGCUUGGUGGUGUUGAAAAUUUGAAUGCUAUCUUAAAUUCCACUCAAUACGUUGACCAAGGACGGAAGCCUGUGGGUCCUGAAGAACAAAUGGAGUUAGGGUCUACGAUGAUGGGAAAGCCAGCAAAUCAAAUACAAUUAAACGGGCUAAACACACUUUCAAAUCAAAAUUCACAAACAGAAAAUACUGCGUUAAUGGCUUCUAACAAUACGAGUUUGGGAGAGAGGAAAAGCUAG